GGCGGCGGGGUCUGCUCGUGGUGGCGGUGCGCGUGGGGUCCGUGGCAGCAAGGCAACUGCAGCGAACUCAGCUGUUGCUAAUGGAGAACUUUGUGGUUUAAUGAUUGGUGGUCCCGGAACCACGGGGCUCUGUCUGCCCGGCUCGUCUACUCCUCCAGGCCUCAUUGUCGUUUCAGCUGCUGGCCAGGGCUGUGCAUCACUUCCUAUGUCUGUUGGGCCCCCUUCUCAUCAUCAUAAUCAUCAACAACAACAACUCUUUGGUUGCUGUCCUGGUGGAUAUAUGCCUCCUCCCUCUGGCCAGUCGCAGCAGUUAAUGCCACCACCUCCACCUCCACCUCCUUUAUCCGCGGCCACCUCGCACGCUAAUUCGCCGCUAUGGACGGGAAAUGGAAGUGGUGGCGGCCUCGUAUCUAUAGCUAACAACUUAACGUCAGAUGGUUCUACGAGCGGACUCUCUAUUUCAGGCAACAGUGGUGGGAACAAUAGUAAUCUUCACAACAGCACUGGCAAUAUGAUGAUGAUGGUAGUAAGUGGACCGGGUCAGAUAUCGAUGCAGCCUACAACUGGUUUGGCAUCCGGUUAUGCUACAGUUGGUCAUCAGGUCACUUCCUCCUCGCCUAUCCUUACCAAUUCUACGGGUGGCGGCGAUUUGGUCUUUCUAUCCUCUUCCGGUUCCGGGCCACUCUUCUCAGCUUCGACAACAACUACUACAAUGGCAGUAGCUGCGUCCGCAUUGCAUGCGACUGGUAUCGACUGUCCACAGCAGCCACCAGCCUCUUCAAUGUCACCAGCCUCCUCUUCAUCUUCUCCGGCAUUGCUUACAUCUCCUGGUAGCAUUUCUAAUAGCAGUGGUAAUGGCAACGGCGCUUGUGGAGCAGUAACCGGCUCCAGCAAUUCGAUACUCCCGAAUGGUGUGAUUGUGCAGCCCGUUUCAGCCAGUGGCAGCAAUAGUUGCUCGACAGCUGCGACGACAACAGUGACUGCAACUGCUGCUUCUACGAAUACCUGCUUCAGUCAAGUUGGAGUCAACGGGCUCACUGGUCCCACUGGUUGUGGAUAUUCUUCAUGCUCAUCCAUUAUUAGCGGCAGUACAAUAACUACAUCGAGUAGCUUGACUUCAGGCAGUGGAUUAAUAAGCACAGCAGUUAACCCUGUAGCGUCAGGUGGACAUUUACCUGUGGCUUCAACUCGCAUCAGCUACUCAGGAAGUUCCUCAUGUGCUGGACAACUUUCCGGGAUACCUUCCGGCUAUGCGGGACCUGUCCCUGCUUCCUCGUCAUACACUCCUGUGCAUUCAGGUUAG